GCUAGCGACAGUCAGACAGUCGUUCUGUGGUAGUGACUAAAUGACGAACCUUCGUGAAUCGUGGAGAACAAUGCGGUCUACGUUACAUUUAUUAGUGCUUCUGACGAUUCUAUAUCUCGUCCAUGGCUCGCCAACCGAUCUUCUUCCUGACGAUAUUCCUCCUGACAUGACGCCAACGACUUUCGAUUUGACUGGUCGCAUAGUUAAUGGCACAAAGGCCGUUUUGAAGCAAUUCCCUUAUCAGGUGUCUUUAAUGCGCAGCUACUCCAAAACGCACUUUUGCGGCGGAAGUUUGAUUAGCUCUUCUCUAGUCCUAACUGCAGGUCACUGCAUGUAUAUGUCUGGAAAGGUUAUACAACCAUGGACGAUUAUGGUGGUUGGAGGAGUAGUAAAGUUGUCCGACAACAGAACGAAUCGACAGGAAAGGGGCGUUGUGACUAUCAGGAUUCACCCGAAAUUUAAUCUUAGAACCUUGCACAAUGACGUUGCCGUUUUGAAACUAUCGCAACCCUUUAAGUUUACUCCGGAAGUUCGUAGUGUGCCCUUGCCAGGGAACGCACCCGUACCCAAGACAGUUUGCCAGGUACCUGGUUGGGGUUAUCAAUCGUCCAAUAUCCCAAUAACGUCUCCCGACUUGCUGUACGUGGAUUUACCUAUUCGAAGCGUAAACGAAUGUCGCAAACUGCUCAAAAACGUAACAGAUUUGCCAGCGGGAAUGUUUUGUGCUGGUUAUCUAGAGGGUGGAAGAGACGCUUGUCAAGGUGAUUCCGGCGGCGGGAUGGUCUGCAAAGGUGUUCUGACCGGUGUCGUUUCGGGUGGCAAGGGGUGUGCUAAGCCACUGCUGCCAGGGGUGUACGCGGAUAUUUUUCACUACUUGAAUUGGAUAUUAGAUGAGAAAGAAAUAGUGGUGAUAGUGCAAAGACGUGAUUUUGGAAAUCACGGCACGUCUAACAUGUCGUCCAUUACGAUCAUGAUAAUCUCCUUUCUCCUUUGUGCUGUUAUCAAUUACACCUCUAGACCUUGAAGCUGAGAUACUCUGUUGACACGUUGAUAUGUAUGUUUGAAGAUAUUAUUGAACAAGAAACAGUUUUUAUGGGUGUUAUGUGGUAAUACCAGAGUUUACGACCGUGUUUGUAAUGUCGCGUGACCAUAUAUGUGACUUGGCGAGUGAAAUACCUUACCAAAUAAAUAAAGUUUAAAAUUAGUAAGACUGCUUUUAUGAUUUAAAUAGUUGCGUUUGAAGUUUUAAACGAAUAUCGUGUAUCACAAUUUAUCAAGUUGUAAGUUAUUCUCGAUUAAUUAUUUAGUUUGCGAGAUUGUUAAUGAGAUUCACUACAUUUUAAACAAUUAAUUUUAAAUAAUCACGCGAGAGAUAUUUAAAAUGUUUUAUUUCAUAAUGUAGCUUGAACUUGAAUCCAUCGAUCUUAAUUUAUUUCACAUUUCAUUCUUUAUUGUUUUGGCUGUGUUCGUUGAAGCACGUUUAAAAAUUUUCAUGAUACUUGAAACGCAAUAUGAUUUAGUAAUUGAUUUCUGAUAAGCCAGUUGCACACAAUCCAUGAAACUGUCGAUAUCUCUGACAAUAGAAUGCAGAGAAAAUUAAUCUUGCUCGAUCUUGCUUCGUUGAUCUUAUCAGGAAAGAUUGUUUUAUUUUUUCUCUAAAUAUACACGUAUGAAGGAAAUAAAUCUUAUCGUUCUAUUAUAGUUGAGAUUGUAUAAAUAAAUAAGAUAAAGCCG